AUGGACGAACAAAGAUCAUCUUCUCCAAUUAUCCACCCUGGGAAUACAACCCCCCCACCGAGGUCUCUCAUUCUUACCGCUCACCUCAGACUCUUAUACGAGAGUAGAGCCAAUUACGAGUCCACCUACGGAUGCAUCUCUCGUGAUGUCCAAUCCGACAUCAGGCACAAUCGCCUCUACCCAUGUGCCGCCUUGUGUGACAACAUUGGGGAGCUCCUCGAGAAGAAAUGGCGUAUUAGAGCCCUGUUGGAUCAAAUUAACGACGACAUUGAGGUCCUUGAAGGAUAUCUGCGCAGUGCCAUCACCACCGAAGCUGCUGCUAGGGCUACGGGGGAUGCCACCGGCACUGCUAAUUAA